AUGGAGAACUUCUCGGCGCUGUUCGGCGCGGCGGAGCCGCCGCCCGCCGCCGCCGCCGCGCUCGGAUUCGGGCCCGCCAAGGCUCCCGGCGCCGGAGCCGCACCGCCGCCCGCUGCCUCAGCCGCCGCGCCGCCGCCGGGCGAGGACGCGGCCCGAAAGGCCGCCGCCGGCCCCUUCUACCUGCUGCGGGAGCUGCCAGGCACGACGGAGCUGACGGGCAGCACGAACCUGAUCACACACUAUAACCUGGAGCACGCCUACAACAAGUUCUGCGGGAAGAAGGUGAAGGAGAAGCUCAGCAACUUCCUCCCCGACCUGCCCGGCAUGAUCGACCUGCCCGGCUCCCACGACAGCAGCAGCCUGCGCUCGCUCAUCGAGAAGCCGCCCAUCUGUGGCAGCUCCUUCACCCCGCUCACGGGGGCCAUGCUGACCGGCUUCCGCCUGCACGCCGGCCCGCUGCCCGAGCAGUGCCGGCUGAUGCACAUCCAGCCGCCUAAGAAGAAGAACAAGCACAAGCACAAACAGAGCCGCACACAGGACCCCGUCCCCCCAGAAACCCCCUCGGACUCCGACCACAAGAAGAAAAAGAAGAAAAAAGAGGAGGAUCCAGAGCGGAAGAGGAAGAAGAAAGAGAAGAAGAAAAAGAAGAACCGGCACAGCCCGGAGCACCCGGCGGUGGGCAGCUCCCAGGCCAGCAGCAGCUUACGGUGAGGCCACGCCGGCGUCACCCUGGGGAUCCCCCGGCCCAUGGGAACAGCCCCAGCUGACCCCAGGGACACUGGGGCUGGCCUGUCCCCCCUGGCUAAGAGGACACCCCUCAGCCCCCCAGGACCAGGGGCACGGACUCUGUGGGUGCUGACCUCGGGCUUUUGUACCUGAAGAACCUGGAGCAUCAAAGCCUCUUUUUUAGUCACCUUUCAAAGUCUGCUCUGAGGAGGGGCUGGUGGCCGUGGCUGCUGUGACCCUCAGCUGCCACAGUGGAGCCCAAACCAAAGUGUCCCUGGAGCGUGCAGGGUGCCCUCCUUUGGAUCCCAAACCUCACCAGCACCCAGGACACCUCCCCUGGAGCCUCUUUUCCCAUGCCUGGAAAAUCCUUACCUUCUGUGGGAGCAGAGUUUGCCUCAAGUCGGAACCUCCCUAAAAGUGAGCCAGGCUCAGCUCUUACCAGACCCCCUUCUCUCUCUCCCUCGGGAUGGGGGGGAAGGCCGAGACCCUGAGGAUCAGGAGCCCUGGAGGGGCUGCUCCAUCCCUGGAUACCAAACAAAGCACACGCACGGCCCCGGGGUGGCUCAUUAAAUAUCCUUUUAUUCCUUGUUUUUAAAAUGGCUGAUAAUAAUAAAAAACCCUGGCGUGGCUGUGCGGGGCCACGGGAGCUAUUGCCGUAGAGAAAGAGUCCGGUAGUGCCGGCAGGGCUUUGGGGACAGGGAGCACGGGGCUCCUUGGCUGCGUUUUUUUGGCAUGUGAUGAGAAAAUAUUGCUUUCUGGGGAUGCACCUGCCUCUCCCCCGAGCGAGCGGAAAUAAAAACAACCCUUGCGACAGUGAGAAA